AUCCCAGACUCAAGUCCAGUCCCUGCUUCCUCGCAGGCUGGCAUGGAUGAUGUGCUCAUGAUAAGCGAUCUGGAAUACCGCGAGGUUACAUUGAUGCCCUAGAGAUCGAUAUGUGGUGCCUGUGUCCAGACAACAGUAGUUGACAUGCAUUGGUAUGACUAUUCGAUUUAGGAUUCAACCAUUCCAACCCAAGUGCUGGAUGCUACACAGACAUUUUCCGACAAAGCCGUCCCUACUCAACUGCUGGGCGCCAUGGUAAUCCUCUCCAAUGACGCGACCCCUACCCAAAUGCCGGAUACUGCGAAUAGCCUGUCGGACCCCAUGGAAGAUGAUGCCUCGAGUGUCGCUUCAAGCGUGGAUGGAUCUCCUGUCACUGGUCCCAUCGAGCCCCAGAACUCGAUUCUGGUCGAGGAUUCCAUGGCUCGCAUCACUCUCACGCCCGCAGCUCUGGAUAUCAUCAAUAUAUCCCGUACAUCGACAGAAUUAUCUGAAACAUGCUCAUCCCUUGUAUCUUCACAAUCUCCACUGCCCGAAGGCCUCGCGGGCAAGGUGGUGGUGGAGUUCGACCCUGUUAUGGAUAUCGAGAGACUGAGAGCUAUCUGGCAACCACGCAGUACGGCCCUCAAGACAUUGGUCAAGCAUUCGAACAAGGCGUGCGCGAAACAGUUUUAUUCAAGUCCCAAAGAUGGCAUAUCUCCUGAGGGUGGAGAUGAUGGUGACGAAUUCUGGUGUGUCUGCGGCUCUUCUGAAGAGGACGAUCUAAUGGUGCAAUGCGAUGACUGCAUGACAUGGUCCCACUUGUGGUGCUAUGGAUACACUUCAUUUGAAGAUCCUCGCAUUCCUGAGAGUCAUAUCUGCGCAGACUGCCUUGUUCGACGGACAGGAUGCGUACGGUCAGAUGAAUCCUUGGAUCUCGCAAACAUCCGGUCCGCUGCCAUCAUGCGUCGGAGUCUGGUCGUUGCCUGGCUAGAAGGAUACACGGGAAGUAAUGACAUGUGUCGAAGACUCGGUUUGGUUGCUUGGCAUCGUGCACAUACACUUGAAGAGAACUUGAUUUCAGCGGGAUAUCUGAGGCAGGAGAAGCCGAUGACCAAGACACGAUCGGCUUCAAAUAUCGCUUGGACGGUGGUCAAGGAUCCUGGCACGCGUGCGAAACUAAUAGGGGUGUUGCAGCCUCUCAGGGAUGUUGUUAUGGAGGAACUCGCAUCUGGAGCCCAUACGGUUCGUGGAUCGGAAAGGGCAGCGCUUUCAUCGACAACUGAAACCACCAUGACAUCGAGUACUGCGAAAGCGAACAGGACCAAGAUAUCCACCAAGAGUCCGCGGACGAGCAGUGCCAUAGUUGCAUGCCGCGGCACUCAUUCUUCGUCGGAUUCGGCCGCGUUCGCUGCCACCUGUGCAAGAGGAAAGGGGAAGUUGUUUCGACCAUUGUCUGAUAUCACAUUGCAACAGGGAAAAGAACCCUCCGGGGCAAAGACAAAACGACGCAAAUGCUCGAAGGAGCAAGUUUGUGUCACUGUUCGCUAACUUGGGUCAAGACCCCUCCUCCCCCCGAGACGAUCAAACAAGGAUCUGCCCGUUCACACCAUGCACGGUUGGGCAAAUCAAGUACAAGUGCCAGCAGAAAUAUGCGUGUUCAGCAAAGACAUUUAUUUUUAUUCUAACCUAGCAAAUCGAUUACAAUAAUGUAUCAACGAACAAAGAAGAAAAAAAAAAAAAAAAAAAAAAAAGA